UGCAGUAAGACUACAAGAUUUGCGUUUUUUUUUGUAAUGUGUAACUAAUUUUACGUCCUUUUCGUUUUAAUAAUAUUAGUCUAUCUGAAUGGCUGUCAGUCUGCCUAUGCUAUGGCGACAUUUAGUGGUUUUAUGAUUGACAUCUCAAGACAACGAACUUGAAGAUGGGAACAGUGGACAUUUUUUAAAUUCUGCUGGAGUAUCUAUGGACGAGUGUCACUUCACUGGAACUUCACUAUUGAUAAUUACGUCCUUUGAAUUUCUUUUGUUUUGAUUCGUUUUCAGUUUGUUUUUGUUUAAGGUUGAUGGUAUUUAUCCGCAUGCUUAUUCACAAUUUACAUUCUGCCAAAAAGAACUGCAAAUGGGUCUUUGAUCAUUUUUUGUUUCAAUGAUUGUUGUUUGUUUGUGGCCGUUUCUUUGCUCACUAUUGGAUUCAUUCGGCCUUUCAGUCCCGAUCUCUCGUAAUUUCUCUAAAAUUAAUCUUCUCUUGGCAUCAUAAUUAUUUAUGUCUCCGAAGUACAAAAAAGAAAGAUUCUUUAUUCCUUUCGAUAAUUUUAGUGGAGCUGUUAAUAGUUCGUGAGUCACUGAUUGCCAGGCGUAGUGCAUCGAUAAAAAUCGAUAUCGGAAAUCAAUCGAUAUCAAUGACAUGAAAUAUUUGUUGAUCAAUUGUCAGCAUGCUGUCAGCAACAAAACGGGAACAUAGAUUUGCAUAUUUUUCACACUUCAAAUCGGUAUUCCAAGUGACGCACUCCAAUUCUCUCCUUUGGCAGCCCGAGAGAGAGCGAACCGGAGCUACUCGAGUACUAGCAGGGAUUUGCGCAGCUUUUUGUAACAGUUGCCAGGGUCAUCUGAAAACCAAAAUGGCGCGAGGAACAUGGCGACGACUGUUGCUGCUUUCGAUGUGGGCCAUAGUUCUCCUACACAUUCAGUACGUGAAGACAGAAAUACGCCUACGUUGCGCAAUGGUAAAGGAUUGGUUUCCAAGCGAUGUUAAACCUCAAACCUCAAAGCCUCCAUAUGUACUCGACGUAAUUAGCCCAGAUGGGAAGUCCGUACUUGAGGAUAUGUACCGUGGUGAGCCACGUUACGGACCUGAACAAGAAUUAACCUACACAAUCUUCCUGAAUGGCACUCACUCCGACAAUGUAACAGAGAUGUUUACAGGCUUUAUGAUUUACGUCUACAACGAAUUUGAAGAUGAAGAAAGUGGACAUUUUGUAAAACCACUACCUGCUGGAGUAUCCAUGGAAGAAUGUCACUUCAAUCAAACAUCACAAUGGAUUGAAUAUGUGGAAAAUUCUACUUCCACCAACCGGAGCAGUCUCCAAGUGAAAUGGAAGUCACCCAAAAAAUAUCCAGCAGGAAAAAUUACCAUAAGUGCCAGUGUUGUCAAGGAGCAAGGCGUUUACUGGGAAGGAAUCACUUUGACUCUAAAUCAUUUGUGUCCCCUACCAGGUUGUGCCGAUGUUGAGGAUUGCCCUCAUGGUCUUGCCAAGACCAAAUUUGGAUGUCAAACUUGUGAAUGUGCAGGUGCUGGAAGCAACACUAUUGGUUUCAUCAGUCUUCUGGUCAUUGUGCUUGCGUUGCUCUCCAAUUUGAGAUAAAUUGUCACCGUUUUUUCAUGAGAAGAAAAGUCUUGCGAUCGCAGUUUCAAGUUCCUAGUUAGUUGUAAUAAUUAGUCAAGCAACAGAAGCUUGUGAAGCUUGUGGGCGCCUUUGUAUUCCCUAUAGCGAUGUCUAACACAAAGACUUAAGUGACUUAUUGUCCCAAAGUUUACUGGCCGUUUUUUCGUCAGUGAUUGUUUCCCUAAUGUAACAGGGUCUGGUGGGCUUUGACUGACAGCUGAUAAUUGGUUAAAAUCGUAACUAUGAGCUUAGAAAUAACGCAGUUUUUUCUAUCAAAUACAUGAGAUCUGCAAAAUUUAUUGGUAGUUGAGAAAUGGACUGAAAUUUGAAAAGAUCGAUGAGAAAUUGCCGAAAAUAUCUCUUAUAACUCAGUCGUUAAAACCACCAUCCAGACACUCGUAUGACCAAGCUUACGCGGGACCGUAUUGGUCCCGUAUUAGUCCCGUAAUAAUUUGGGAUUAGUCUCGUAUUAGUCUCGUAUUAGUCCCGUAUUGGUCCUAACACCCCCUCCCCCUCCCCCCUCACCCCCGAUUCGGUCACUCGCAAAAGCGCAAAUGAAUGAUAAGAACAGCACAAGCGUUUUUCGAUUGUUUGUUGAACUCGAGGAAUCACCUCAACGUAACCAUGAGCACAAGCACCAGAACGAUAGUCAAGUUUAUUUACAUUAAAACUGAAUAACUAACAAACCUCACAACUAUUACGUCAAAUAUAUUGUGCCAGGUAAACACUAUUAACUAGCUUCUGAGCAUGUUUCACUGCUCAUUUGUAAUGCUAACUACUCUAUAUUGUACAGAUGCGACCCGUGUAGGCCGAAUUUAAACCAUUAACCAAUCGAUACAUGAUACAGAAAUCAUAUUUCACUGCAUUGCUAGAGAUCGCUGAAGACAUCUUCUCACUACUGCUACCGUUACUAACUACUCGCUCACUACUGCUACUUACUAGUCUUAGGGUUACUUCACUGAGUGUUAGAACUUCCUAUGUGUAUAUACAUUUAUGUCAAGUCGCGUUCGAAACAACUUUGAAGCAUUGUAAAAUACACCAGCUUUUCGAAAUUGU